UUUCAUCAUUAUAAAUCAAUAUCAUUUGUUAAUCUUCAUUUCUUGAGAAAAUAUUAUAAUAUGUGUCUCAGAUCGUUCUAAUUGUCGAUUCGUUUUCAUCGAUGCGGUGGUUGAAGUGCUCGUUGAAAAUUUGUCUUGAUAGAUGACUAUCUAUUUAUACAAAGUCAUGAAGUGUAUCAGUGUACGUGAUUUAAAAAAUUUGUGCAAUUGAUGCGUUCCAUUCGAUUUGUGUCGUCGCCUCGUAUUCUUUCGCUCCUUUCAUCUUGAAUUCCCUUCAACCAUCCUGUACCUAUCUUCGCUUUGCAAUCUUCUCUUUCUGUUUUUGUCUCUAUCUCCGUUUAACUCUCUCUUUGUCGCGCUUUUCUCUGCUCCAUUCCUCAGUCGACCAGUCUCUCAAGGGGGCGUGCUUGGCCACAUUCAACAAUGAGCGAACGCAAAACUAUCUAAGCACGAGGCGCGAACGAAUGGUUCCCUGUGUUUUCUGCCUGUGUGUGGCCUAAUCUUUGCUUCGUGAGUGUGUUUACGUUGUGAAACAGUCGUCGGAUCUUUUUUUUGAAUUUCAAAUGGAUUCACAACGGCCAAUUACUUAACGAGAUGAGGAUUGACUUUUAAGCAUACCUCUUCUCCGAACGAAAUAUCGAAAAACAAUGAAAAAGAAGCGCAUUAAUUAGCCAAUAAUCGGAACGAUGCAUCAUGGCUUCGUCUUUAGGGGGACCAGGAAUGGCGUCGGGUGUUCCGACACCGCGAAGAGUCAACCUGGAGUUUCCACCACCUCCACCUUAUCCACCGCCUCACAGUCAGAUGGCUUGCACUGGAUUAGUGGAUCCUGGUCCUGUGGCGUCCGCAAUGACGAAUCCAACUCACCAGCAUCCCCUUCAGGAUUAUUCGUAUGCUUACUUCGAACCUGGUCCGAGUCGGCUGCACAGCACAUAUCCGGCGGAAGUGGGCCUGAAUCGUGUACAGCAGCAGCAACAACAACAAGUGCGUCCGGAUUCAUUCAAAAGGCAUACAUACAUGACACGAUACGGCACGGAGGAGAAUAUUUACGAGGAGAUAUCGGAAAUCAACAGACAAUGUCAUCGAGCGUUGCAUGGUUCGAGAAGAUCCCUGGUGGCGGAGGAAGUGCGACGUGUUCAGUCACGGCAUCGUCGAGUAUUAGGAGAAUUGAACCUGAGCGUAGAGGCGAUGUUAAUGCCCACAGUGGUCGAUAACAACAACGAGGAUGAAGCACAGGAUCAACGCGGAGCAUCUACGGAGGAACUGUUAUCCUCGGUCAGUCCCACUGAUGACCUCCUUUCGCCUGUUGGCUGUGACAUGGAUAGCGGCUUCAGUGGAAGCUCCAGUGCAAGUUACAGGUCUGGACUAGGAUCGUUGAGGAGAGGAAUGGGUAAGACUAGUACUCCGGAAUUAGCAGGCGGGCAACGUAAAACGAAGGCGGUUAUGAUCUGGAAAAAGGGUUGGAAAGGUUGGAAAAAACUGCAUUCUUUCGGAAACAAUAGCAACAAGACUGAUGAACCACGUUCAAGGUGCAGAUCAUGGGAUGACGUAGGACCGACUAAAAUGGAAACAGUCGGCCAAACGCAUAGACAACACCAUCCCUCUUUGGAGGCAACUAGAUCCAAUACUUCAACACAGUCGGCUAGAAGUGAGGAUUCCUGGUGCUCAGCUUCAGACCAUGACCUUUCUUCGGAUGAUGAGAGUGAAAAGAGUAAUAUCAGUAUUAAAAGUAAUUGCCAAUUGAGGAACACAUUGCACAAAGCAAGGACAUUAUGCGACAAGUGGAGACCUCAAAAUAUGCGAGUGAACAAUGCUGAUCCAUUGGAUUCGCCCGGAAAUCAUGGAAGACUAUCUAGAUGGUUCAGCAUCCGGAGAGGAUCAACGCAACAAUAUGAUGUGGAUUCUUGCGACACGGUAUCCCUUACCAGUCCGAUCAAAACUCCCCAAAUGCCGCAACUUUGUGAAAUUGAAGAAGAAAAUAGCGCAAUGGUACAAUUUCAAUGUAUGCAGCAACGUAGACAAACUCCACCCGCUCUUCCUCCAACACCUUCGAAUUUAACUCCUCAACAAUUAAAACGUCGACAUAUAGUAGCCGCUAUAGUACACUCUGAAAAUAGUUAUGUGUCUACAUUACAGAGGCUAGUAAAUGAUUACAAGAAACCAUUAGAGGAAUCCUCGCCACCUAUAUUGAGUCAGGCAAAAAUAGCAACAUUGUUUCAUAGAUUACCUGAAAUUCUGCAAUGUCAUACAUUAUUUAGAAUUGCAUUAGCGGAAUGUGUACGUUCAUGGGAUAAAGACGAAAAGUUAGGAGAUGUGUUUGUAGCAAGUUUCAGCAAGGCUAUCGUUCUUGAUAUUUAUAGUGGAUUUAUAAAUAAUUUUUCAGUAGCUAUGGAUUUGGCUAAACAAGAAUCAAAAAGAAAGACUGCACUUGCUGAUUUUUUCAAGGUGAAACAAAUAAGUGCACAUGACAGAUUAUCUUUUUUUGGAUUAAUGGUAAAACCUGUACAAAGAUUUCCACAGUUUAUAUUAUUCUUACAAGAUUUACUGAAACAUACACCCCAAGGUCAUCAUGAUAGAAUGUCGCUGCAAUUGGCAUUAACUCAAUUAGAAAGUUUAGCAGAAAUGUUGAAUGAAAGAAAACGAGAAGCAGAACAAUUCCAAGCAUUUAAAGAAAUGCUUCGACAUGUAUCUGGAAAACUGUCUCAUCGUCCUCUUUCAUCUUCAUCUAGGUAUUUAAUAAGAGAAGAUAAUGUUACACAGUUAGAAUUUAAUCAAAAUGGCAUGAUAACAAAAUCAAAAAGAAGAAGGUUAUUACUUUUAAAUGAUCUCGUAGUAUGUGUUUCGGUGACCCCAAGAUCUGCAGAAGAUUUUAGUGGUAGUGAAAGACUAACUUUGAAGUGGACAUAUCCUGUAUCGGAUAUUGAGAUUCAGGAUACAAGCACUUCACCCACAUUAAGUCGUUUAUUGACUGCUGGUCUAAAUAAAGGUGGUAGUCUAAAAUCUGAUAAAAGCGGAGAUUGCGGACAAGCAGGUGCAGAUAAUCUGUGCGUAGAAAUGAAUGAUCUAAUGCAUGAUUAUGAGGUUGUGUCUAGGAUAAGUGAUCUGAUUGCACAAUUGAAAGGUAAAUACGAGGGAAUGACGCUUGAAAAAACUAAACAAAUUCUACAGUCUAUACAACUUUCAAUACAACAAAAAGAUGAAGAUAUGGUUUGGGCAGAUAGUUGUUGCUUACAAUUAGUAACAAAACAAGGACAAAUGUACACAUUUCAAACUGAAAAUCCUUUAGUGAAAAAAGAUUGGAUAACGGAACUUAGAUUAGCACAAUUAGCCUUAGAUCCAAAUAAUUCGCCAUCUUGGGAAGUACCUGAACAAGAACAAAGACCAUCUACCAAAAUGCCGCUUUUUGUUAGUUCUCAACAAGUAUAUCAUUCGCAACAUCAGACAGAAGUACGUUGCGGUUGCUAUUACACCACGCAAAAUCCACGACCUACAAGACGCCGUGGUAGAAGUCAAAGUUAUUUAUGGAUAUGUACAGGAGACGGUAUAUCCAGUCAUGUAACAGUAUUUGGUCAAUCAACGACAGCCUCAGCCACCUCCUUAAAACAAAUUACGACUUUUGACUUAGUAGAAACUAAAGUUGCCGCUAUAGAAUUCGUAAAGGGUAUCUCUUCCGAUCCAUUGUCAUUAGCAGGAGAAGUUGUAUGGAUGGGUACAGAUUCUCGUAAAAUUAUUAUUUAUGCCGCCUUAGAACCUGAGAAGCAAGAAGAAUUAGGAAAUUAUUCUGUUGCUGGUCCAGUAAUACAAAUCAAAUAUCAUUGUGAUAAUGUUUUUGUUGCCCUAGGAAUUGGUUUGCUUCUACUCUUUAAAAGACAAAUGGACGGCACUUGGAAUCUUAAAGAUCCAUUUGUAAUAUCUCUAGGAAGUGAAUCAGUAUCUUGCUUGAUGCCAAUCAAUGCAUCUGUCUAUGCUGCUUGCGGCAAAAAAGUUUGGGUACUUAACGCAGUUAAUGGCGAUGUUACCAAAAGCUUUAGCGCUCAACACGAACAUGUUGGUAGUGUGAAACUAAUGGCUCAUUCUGGAGUCGGUCUUUGGGUUGCUCUUAAGAAUUCAAGUACUGUCUGUCUAUAUCAUACAGAAACUUUUAAACAUCUGCAGGAUAUCAACAUUGCAUCCAAUGUAUUGAGAGUAACAAGAUCGAAUGCUUCGAAUUCUUGUGGUGACAACUUAAAUAAUAAUCAAACUACCGUUACUGUGACAGCACUUUUAGCAUGUAAGGGUUUACUUUGGGUGGGUACAAACGUAGGCAUCAGUUUGACAAUUCCUUUACCGAGAUUAGAAGGUGUACCUAUUAUUAGUGGCCGAGUCAAUAUUUCAUAUCACGCACAUUUCGGUCCUAUUACCUUUUUACUUGCUAUUCAGAAUCCAAGAAAUAUGAUAAAUUGUACAACUGAUGAAAUUAAUGAUGAGGAAAAUAUACAAUUGAGAUCAAAAGAAUCGGAUAAUAAUAGAAACAGAGACCGAGCAAGUUUAGAUUCCUCUACAUCGAAUAGUAUAUUAAAAUUGAAGCAACAAUUGGCAGGUAGUCCAGUGAUGUUGAGACGAAAACGUAGUAAAGAAUAUGAGAAUAGAGGUUCAAAAACACUUCCUAGAGGACUCGGUUCUGGUGGAGGAUUUCUCUCAAAUUCUAUGUCCGGAUCACACAGUUCUGGAGAAAAUUGCGACGUAUAUGGUUUAUAUGGAGAAUUGAUGUAUGUGAAGGAUUACGAAAACGAGAAUAACUCUGGCAUUGAUUUAAUUUAUGAACCAUUAAGAAGAAGCGAUCCAGAACUGGCAGCCAUACCAAAUAAAGUUAGUACCUUAGAUCGUAGAUUAAAAAUGAAAAUCACUAGACCUAGGUCGCUUGAUUUAUCAAAUUGGUCUGUCGAUUCUCAUACAAGUUCUUUAUAUACGUCUUCGGGCUCAGAAGAAAAUCUCUCAUUAAAAACUGGUAAAUUGUCUCGAAAUAGUAGUACAGCUAGUCGAAAUGGCCCUUAUGAAACAACCACUCCCAACAGUAGUAUAGGACAAUCUGUACCGGAAACGAUACCACCACAUAAUAAUAUAAAAACAAAUACUAAAAAAAUCAACAAGACAUUACAACAAAUAGAACAGCCUAAACGAACUGUUUUAACUUUGAUGGGUGGUCGAGGUUAUAUCAAUUGGAGACAACUAAAUGCGCAAUCAAUUACUGAUAAAGGUUCUAAAUCAGGUUAUACUUUUAAAGAUCCUAAUAGUAAUGAUGCACACAUUGUUCUGUGGGAAAUGAAAUUAUGAUACUCAAUUAUAUUAGGCCUUUCGAUCCGACAGUAUAGAUAAAAAUGAUAAAAUGCUUUUAAUGGCCGAUGGCGAGCUCUGUAGAAUCGGCAAAUAGGACCAAAAAAGAAAUUAUUGUCGAAUUGAUAUCCAUUUAAUCGGGAUACUCGACAAGAAUAUGUUAAUUAAUUAGCUCACUUUUUAAGUUAGUCGCACAAUAAGUGUUCGAUAAUGUUUUUUUGGAAUUAUGUUUAAAAUAAUGUUCAACAUUUUCGAACGUUCUUAUCGUUUGCAGUGCAAAGAUAGUUUUCAUAUAGCUCUCUAAAAAAGAAAAAAGAAAUAUCUUUUUAUUACAUGCUUCCAUCCUUUAAUGCAAUGAAGAUCUUAAUAUUUUUGUUAUAAACAAAUUCUUUUAUGUACACUCGUAUAUAGGUUUUCACUUUUUUUUUUUUUAGGAACAAAGAGCAUACGAAUUUGCAUAUUAUUGAAAAGAAGAAUUAAUCUUUGAACAUCUAUUUUGAUAAAUAUUUGUUAUUUCUGUAGUUAUAAAUAAAAUAGUUUAAAGCAGUGGUAUUCUUAUAAAUAAUAAUGUAAUAAAAAUGAUUAAAUUUAAGAUUAUUUAUGAAUUAAUUUGAAAAAUGAUCGUGACAAUGAAUACCACUGAUUUGAAAUUCCAGUUUUUCGAGUUUUUGUUACUCGGUGGCAAUCAUGUGAUGUGCACAUGUAUUUGUAAGAUAUAUGAAUAUAAAACGUUAUCUUACGCUUUAUACGCAGGACGUUUCGCGUCAUGGGAAAAAAUGAUAGAAUUUUUAAGCGUUUCUUUUGUUUUCAUUUCGAAUCUUGUAAAUGAAAAUAUAAAAAAAGGACUCCCACUUUUGUAAACGGGAUGAAAUAAAGGACACAGAACAGCG